AUGUAUGACGCUGAAAACAUGGUUAAAUUUCUGAGCAGGCUGGAUUCUAAGUUAGCCUACAAGUUUGUAAAUGAAUUUGCAAGGUUUGAAAUAUACAUUGGUAAUCACAGCCGUGUGUCAAAGCUAUUGGAUAUUUACAGGUGCAAUUUGGGCAUUGGUCUGGACACUGGGCCUUGUUUUGGUUCGGAGCGCGAUUUGAUUGCUGAAGCAAUUAAAUUGUACCAGGAAAAUGAGAAGGAACGCGGUGAGUAUCAGAUCGUUUACGACGAUUUGGCAACAUAUACAGAGUUGGCGAUCACUUUAUCAAGGGACAUUGCGGCUAAAGGGCAUUUAGAAGAAUCACACAGGAUUAUCAGCGAAUUAAUUUACACUAUGAAACGGCUUGCAGUUGCACAGGGGGCGGAAGAUCGUUUAGCGCAUGAGAUACGUAAUUGCAGUUUAUACUCGCUAUCUAUCCUACUAAAUAAUGCAGUGAUGCGGUCUACCCAGGGCUACAGCGAUACCAGCGAUAAGGUCCUAUUGCAAAUGUCGAUACUACCCAUAUUGGAGUUUUUUAGCGCCCUUAAACUGGAAGAUUUACCCCAACCAAUUUCCUUAUACAUUAAAGGUGCCUUGGUUUUGGCCAUUUGUAACAUGGGCAAGGACUAUCAGUCCAUUGACUCUCCAGCAGUCAACUCCGAUGAAUUGCGUACAUUUACCCAUUUGCUUGAGGUAAUUGUGAAAAGCAAUCCCAAGUACACAGCUAUUGGACGGAAGAUGGUUUCCAUGUACGAGUUUAACCUGGAAUUCCAACGAGCCCGCAAAUUCAUAGAUCAAUACAAUAUUAGAGUGCCAAAAGGAACUACUGAGGUAUUGGCUUACAAGGAAAAAUUGCUGCAUGAUUAUGGUACCAUUUCUAAUAUACCAAUAGGCACUCCAUUUCCACUCGUUAAACUUGAGCCGCUAGACCCAAUUUUAAUAUACGACCACGCAUAUGAAUAUAAAUGUGAUUUGUAUAAUAAAAUUGUUGAUAAGCCAUUGACACUGGAUGAUUGCGUAUGGGUUAUUGCCAGGGAGAUUAACUCUAGCGGGAAUGGUGGGCAGGGACUGUUGUUGAACGUGGGUGGGGAUCAGAUUUACGGCAUUUGGUCUAGGGUGGGCACUUGCCUUUCAGGCUUCUUUCCAUCGUAUAAUUACAAAAUCAUGGAUCUACACAACUCAAAUCUGGACGGCAUUACAAUUGCCGGAACGAACGACUGUGUUUGGAGGUUACACGCAAUAGUAGACCUAAUGAUGGCACACCCUCUCAAUCUGGCCAAGGACUACGGCACAGCCCGGGAGCUGGCCCAACAUAUUUAUAAUAUUGUUAAGAUAAAAUGCGAGUAUCUAUUUGAAAAAUGUGUACUAGUGGAUUCUGUGUCUAUGCUUGUCGAUCCGCACACUCAUAAUUCUAAAGUUUCAAAUUCCGGCCAAACGGUGGCCAACUUUAGUGACUUGAAAUCGUCAGACGCCAUAAAUCACAGGAAAUUCAAGGAUAUAAUAACCGUUAAGCUGUAA